UGAAUUAGCUGGCUGCUAUCUACUUUUCAAGCCGCCACUGGAUCAUCAAACUCCAAUACUUGCCUUUCAUACCUUCCUUAUUUUCCCACCAUCUAACUUUCAUGAUCUCUCUCAAUUCUCAUUAUAUAUACAAAUUCUGGAUCCCCAAUUUAUCUCUCAUUCACACAAAUAAAUGGCGACCAUAGCUGAAUCCACCGCUCUCUAUUCUUCUUCUCCGUCAUAUCUCCAGCCGGCGAUCACGUCAAGGCCGGCUCUUUACGUCUCUGUCCGCCGCAGACCGGGUGCCUUACCGGAAUUCCGGGGCUUGAAGCUUCAAUCGCCUUUAUAUUCCUCCAUUACUCCAAAAGUCUCUCGUCGUCCAUCAACGCCCGCCAUUGUCUCUCAAGCGCAAAACACCACCGCUCUUGACAUUCCCACAGUUACCGAUGCAACAUGGCAAUCACUAGUCCUCAAAGCCGAUGGCCCUGUACUGGUUGAGUUUUGGGCUCCUUGGUGUGGGCCAUGCCGCAUGAUCCAUCCAAUUGUAGGUGAACUAGCACAGGAGUAUGCUGGGAAGCUUAACUGCUUUAGGUUAAGCACGGAUGAUAGUCCUUCAAUUGCGACUCGAUAUGGAAUUCGGAUCGUCCCAACCAUGAUGAUCUUCAACAAGGGUGAGAAAAAGGACACUGUAAUUGGUGCAGUGCCUAAAACCACAUUGACGGCAAGCAUUGAGAAAUAUUUGUAAGGUGUGUGGAAAGCCUUGCAAGAUUUCUGUACUUUAGUGCUCUUUACACGUUCUUUGUUGUGUCAUUAUAAAUUCAUUAGCAUGUCAAAUUCGGAAGUUCUUGUAUCUUAUCUUCUAUUCUAUAUGACACCCAUAUCAUCUUCAAUAAUAUAGCCUUGCUGAGAAUUUCUUGCU